AUAUACUUGGUAAUACUCACAUAUCGCGUUGUUGGAGAAAAAAAGAAAAAAAAGAAUUAUUUUAUUGUAAAAAUUUAACGUUAUAAUAUUUGAUACGGGUAGCGUGUACACGCUGAUAUGCUGAAACAGCUCUCCAGAAAGGCCGAGCGUGUAUGCGUGCCAAAUAUAGCAGCCUGCCACUGCAAGGAAAAAAGUGCAAUGGCCGAGAGAGCCGUGCCGCUGCAGCCGUGUGACGUUUGACGCCCACGCACGUACUCUCCCGUACACGCGCGGGUCCUCUCCCGGUGCCGCAAAAUGUCCCAGGGCCCAGCCGGCUGCCCGGACCACGCGGACGAGGAUGGGCUCGCCCCUCGGCGCUGCCGCUGCUCCGACAACGACGCGCUCCGGAUACUCGGGGAGUUCGAGAGCCUCUACAAGGGCCGUAUCGCCGAGGUCGAGGCGGACCCCCGGCCCACCACCGACGCUCAGCGCACCGAGUUGAAGUUGAAAAUCAUGACAGACUGGGUCAAGGACUUGGGAGAGCAAAAUGCCAUGCUGGUACAAACUGUCCAUGAUCUUGAGCAGGCGGCUGUUUGUCGCGUGAAAUUGUUGGAAAACAAAUUACAAGCCACUUCGACUCUGAUAGCCCACAACAUGUCUAACACUGACAAAUCCGAAGAGAAUUUGAAUGUGCUGUCGAAUCGCAUUUGCCAUUUGGCGAGCGAUCAAAACGAUAUGCAGGACAAGAUUGAUCGUUUGCAAAGUGACAUUGGGAACUUACUCAAACUCAUAAAACGCGGUAGGACAGCUAAUAAUUGGGACUUGGAUGGAAUCACAUUUUAUGAAGUUCAACCCUCCGACAUCCAAACGCCGGCAGACUGUACUUGCUACCAGAUAACCAAUGAAAUUAAAAACGAAGAAAGUGCAUGUGACGAAAGGGAUUUUAAAAUUAAAAAACUCAGUGAACAACUACACAACACUGAAAUGAAAAUAGAAAAGCUUUUGCAUGAACAAAAGUGUAAAGAGUCUGCACAUGAGAUGAAAAGUUUGGAAACGCGCCGAGAGUCUGAAUGUCUUAGAAACAAACUUGCAUGUUUAGAAAAAGAGUCUUCAGAAUCCCGACAUGCUUUAUCUUUGGAAGUGGCUCAAAAACACGACACUAUAAUGAGUUUGAGGAAUGAAAUAAAGAAUCUUGAAACGCAGCUUUGUGAUUCGGUUCAGUCGCUUCGUUACAAAGAUAAAGUGAUAAAUCAGUUAAGGGAAGAUUUGAGAAAAAACAGUGAAAAAGAAACAAAAAUAAAGAUUCUUGAAAAUCAAGUGGAAGAAUUAAGGAUGAAACUACAAACCAAAGAUGAUAUGAUAAAUGAAAUGAAAAACUAUGAAAAAAUCAAAGGAGAUGAAGUUCCAAAUACAAAAAAGAAAGUCAGAAUUAGUGAAGAGCAUAGCAAAAAAAAAGAAAUUGUGCAUUAUUUGAGUAAUCUAAAAACUUCAAUGGAAAAAGAUAGUGAAAUUAUUCAUAAUCUCAAAACAGAAUAUGAAACUGUUCUUAAAAGUUUAAAACAAACUAAGAAUAUGCAUGAAAGAGAUGUAUCUUUAGCUAACGAAAAAUUGUUGGACAUCGAAAACUGCCUUAGUAAUUAUAGAACUGAAGUUAUAGAACAAGAUUUCAGUAGAGAUGGUGUUAAGGAAUUUAUUAUCACAAUAGAAAAAAAAAUUGUUUUUGUUGAAAAAUUAUUCCAAAACAAUUGCAAAAAGUGCAUGGAAGAAAACGUUCAAUCAGAAAUAAGAGACAUGAUCUCAAAAGUCACGUUGGGUAUUCAGAAAUUAUCGGAAAUUCAUGAAAACAAGCAUAAGAUAACAUCUUCUAUUAGAAAAAUUAUUUCCGAAAACAAUAAAAGGUGUAAGAAAAAUAGCAUGAACGAAGAAGAUCAAAAGGCUAUUUGUGCCGCAAUAUCGAAACAAUAUCGCUUGAUGGAAGAAUUCCGGUUAUGCACUGUUGAAGUACAAGCAGCAACUGAAGACUUACACGAAGAAGUAUCAGAAGUAAUUUCUAAUUUAAACUCAAGACAUUGUAAAUACAUAGAACUUAAUAAAAUGGUAUGCCAAGUGCAAGAUUGCCUCACAAAAACCAGAGAGGACAUGGUUGAAAUAAUACACCAUUUAGAAUUACAAGAUGGAGAAAGGGUUAGACAUAGUGAGAGAAUAACAAAUAAUAGAAUUAGGUUAAAAGAUGUAAAAAAUGAAUUUAAUAGAACGCAAACAGAAUUAUCGAAAUGCCUUAAUAAUGUACAUAAUAAUAUUCAGCAAAAUAAUUUAUUAGGCUAUGUAGAAAUGAAUACGUGCAAUGAUUUACUUAUAUCCGUAGCAGAGGAAGUAGAGCAAAUAGUUAAUGAUUUACAAACCUUCCAAACUCAAGGCUGUUGUACGUUAACAACGAUGAAUGAAUUAAAAAAUCAAAUCACGGUCAUGGAACUAAGUGUAAAAGAUUUAAAAAGAAAAUCCGAAAAUUUGUUAAAAGAAAAUAAUGUUGCCGAAAAAUGUUGUGAAAAGAAUUUAAAGCGUUUAGAAAAAUAUGAGUGUGAAGUUGACAAUUGUCAUUCCAAAAUGCAAGAUGUUCUUGAAAGUAUUGUUAACGUGCAAGAUCAGAUGAAUGAAUUUGGCUGUAUUCAAGAAUCGGAUGAUUCUCACCAGAGUACAAAUGAUACAAUAAAACUUAAAGAUGAAUUACGGAGGCUACAUAAGGAAUGUAAGGAAUUAAAACAAAAGGGAUCUCAAGAAGAUGAAAUAAAUCAAAAAAGCUUGGAAUGGGAAAACAAGAUCACGGACUUACAAGACCAAAUUCACGUAUUACAAAAUGAAAUAAAGUGCAAACAACAAUUAAAUAUUUUUUUAAAACAAAGUAUAGAAUCAUUAGAAAAAGAAUUGAUUUCUACUCGCGCAAAGGCAGAGGAGAAUCGAAGAUGUUCGUCUGUAGAAAGUAUAGAUUUGAAGAAAAAAGUUAUUGAGUUAGAAAAUUUGUUAAGAGUACAAAAAGAUGUAGAAAAUAGUCUUAAGGGCUUAGUAAUUAAUGAAACACAUUCGAAAAAGUCACAACAUCUUGACUUUGUGAAAGAUCAACACUACGGUAGUCCAUCGAAAUCAAUCUUACAGGGAACGAAUGAGAACAUAUCUCAAUUGUUCAAAGGCUUACAAGAUACCAUUCAAACGAUAAAAAGUGACCUACAAGCGCUUACUGAGAAAUUCAAAAGAUUGGUACCUGAAGGAUCACCCCACCCAUGUGAUCAAAAUAUAUCAGAAUUUCUAGCGAAACAUAUAGGGAGUAUAGAUUACUGUUGUUUUGAAAUGGAAAAAAUUAAGGCAGCUUGGUACUCGAAAGAUAAACUGAUGGAAAAUAUGGAUGAAAUUAUAAGAAUUCAAAAAGAUUCCAUAACAAUAUCACAAUCGGAAGUGGAAGAUGUACAUAAAACGUUACAAGAAAGGAUCGAAACUCAGGAAAAAACAAUUGCUCAAGUAGAAAAAGAAAAAAGACAUUUGUCGAAACAAAUCGAGUUCCAAGUACAAACAAUCAGUCACUUACAAAAUGCCGUCGUUGAAGCCAAGAGGACCUUAGACCAAUUAACCCAAAAAUCGGCGACCGACGUGAGUGAGCCAUGGACUCCCGUCUCUUCCACUGUUUUUAAUCACAGCAACGUGCACGACGUUUAAUUAAAAAAAGCCGUUGUUUUCUUUUUUUGUUUUGUCGUUAUAACUAAAAAAUGAUGAAAGCCACGAGCAAUCGAACCCUUUUUUUGUUUUGUUAUUUUGAGAUUGCGUUUACGUUGAUUGUUAGGGAUUUAGUCUAAUCAUGGAAUUGGUAUGUAAAAUAAUGGAGACGCAACAGAAAACAAAAAUAAUUAUUGCCCAACACGAUGAUUUGUUGGCGAUAAAGGAGGAAUAUAACAUAAUUGUGUAAAAUUACGACUAGACGUUGAAUUAAAGGAACUUGUGAGUUUGUGCAACUCAAUGGCAGCUAAUCGACAAGCAUGUAAUUUU